UGGCGGAUAAGAGUUUUAUGUGUCACUGACGGAGAGAAAUCACGUCUCUUCUGUCCACGAAGAUGAUCGUGCAAGACCGAAGCGAUAAGUCUCUUGCAGAACCAACUUUUAAGAUUUAAGGUUGCUUGUCCCUUUUUUGGCUCCUUAAUUCUUGGAUUGAUAGAGAAAAUGGAUAUUGGGAUUAGAAACGGAUGGAGAACUCCGAAGACUUCAGAAAGCUCUGGAUCUAAUUUCCUGGGUUUGCUUAGAUCCUACCCUAACACCAUCCCCAGGUGUUUAUACUUUCUUAGUUUAUCUUCUUCUUUUGGUUUAUUGGAUUUGAUAGGUCAGGAGCUCUGUUUCAGGGAGAGAAUUCAUAUGGGUAAUGUUCAUAGUGGCAAAAGAGCAAUGGUGAUUUCUAGUUUAAAGAAAGCGAAUAUCUCUGCUUCGAGGAAGCAGAGAAUUAAGCUAGAGAUUAAUGGAGAAAAGGAGCUGACUUUCAGUGAGUUUUUGAAACACCCAUCUGGCAUGGAGGCUGUGAUCAACGCAAAGGCUUUGCAGAGUUACCAUUUAGUUGAUGAUAGUGAUGAUACUUACAGAUGUACAUUGCCAAAAGUUCAGUUAAUGAGUUUUGAAGUUUAUCCAGUACUGGUUUUAAGGGUCACUCCCACACAGGAAGAUUGUACAGUUGAGCUGCUUUCCUGCAAGUUGGAAGGAUCAGAGUUAUUGGAGAACCAAAGUGAAAGGUUUUCAGCAAUAAUGACAAACUGCAUGACUUGGAACAUGGAACAUCCAGAGCCAUUUUUGGAAGUUGACGUGAGAUUGAAUGUCACUCUAGAGAUCUCAACGCGACCGUUCACAAUGCUUCCAGUAUCAGCUGUUGAGGCUCCUGGGAAUCUAGUAAUGCAGACACUGGUCGAUACACUGGUUCCCCUUCUGCUUCAGCAAUUACUUAAAGAUUACGACGAAUGGAUUAAAAAACAGCAACGGAACUCCUUAAACGCAACUUCUUAAUCUAUUACCAAUGUUUUGUCAAACGGCCGAGGCAGGAUUUGUUGGGUCGUUUUGGCCGUUUGAGAUUACAGCGUGUAUUAGAGAUAGCUCUGAAUUACUGCAAAAAGUACAAACAAUUAAAUGAACAAAAUAGAUUUGAUUCACUUGUAUACUUUGGCCUUUUGAGAUGAAAGAGAUAGCUUUGUAUU